CUAAUAAAAACCCCUUGGUGGAGACUGUGAGUAGCCUUUAUCCCACAGCGCCAGGCUGCUCACUCGCACUAGACUCAUUAACGCUGGACGAGACGCGCAGCUGACAUCUAUUGUACUUUUCUCAUUUUCCCAUCCCGACACUAUACGUCAACAAAAUGGGGAAAGGAUGCAUCGCUGCAACCAAGUACUUCCUGUUUCUCUUCAACUUAAUCUUCUUUAUCUUCGGCGGUACGAUUAUGGGAUUUGGACUGUGGAUCCUCCUAGACAAUCAGAGCCUCAUUGCAGUGUUGCAGGAUUCAUCCAUGGGCCUGAAGGUGGUCUCUUAUCUGCUGAUCGGUGUGGGCUCAUUCUCUAUGCUUCUGGGAUUUCUGGGCUGUCUGGGGGCCAUCUAUGAGAUCCGCUGUUUGCUUGGAUUGUACUUCACCUGUCUAUUGCUCAUCCUCCUUGCUCAAGUGACUGCUGCCAUUCUCAUCUACUUGCAGCGGGACUCGUUGAGGAAGGAAGCAAACGAAAUUGUGUCCCAAGUCAUGGUGAACUACCCCGGACAGAACAAAACCACAGAGCAGGCCUGGGACUACCUUCAGAAAACAAUGCAGUGUUGUGGCUGGAAUGGACAUGAGGACUGGGAGGCCAACCAUAUGAUAAAGAAUAAUUCGUUGGAAUUGUACCCAUGCUCCUGCCACAAUGCUUCCCUCCCACCACAUAAUGUGGCUGAUAGCGGCUUCUGUCAGGCCGCAUCUAAUGAUUGGCCCGUCUAUAACACGGGCUGCCUGGGGAAUGUGGAGAGCUGGUUCUUCACAAAUUAUGGAAUUAUUUUGGGAAUCUGCCUUGGUGUGGCUGUCAUUGAGCUCCUUGGCAUGAUACUUUCUAUGGGCCUUUGCAAGAGUGUACACCAAGAGGACUACACCAAAGUGCCGAAGUACUGAGGAAGAAACAUGGACACUUGCACACAAAUGUAUUCAGUUCUUAUUGACUUGGAACAACAGAGCUCCCUCUUUUUCUACAGUAUAUACAGUAUUUUCAAACGAUAAACUUUAGGGUUAUGUUUAGUCAUGCGAUUUCACUCUUUGUCAAUAACACUAUCCCCUGUUUAAUCAGAUCUUUUUAGUCCAGUUUGAAUAGCCCAUUAUAUGACAGUCUGAAGUGUAGAACAUGAAAGCUGCCCACAUAAAUUAAUGAAAGUGUAUGACAAGUCCUGGAGGCCCUGAAUGGUCUAUUUAUACAACAACACUCUUUAACACCCAGGCUGUCCCGAAUAAGAAAGUUGUCUGUUUUAUAGUCCAUCAUUUAUGUUUGUACAUCAGUGUUGUUUCAGAUAGCUUUUGUUUAUUUUUAUUAGUCUGUAUAUAUUUUAGAUUUCAUUUGCAAGUUGAUUUUGUCAGGUCUUGGGAGUCAAACUUUUCUCUUUUUUGUACAGGUGAUAAAUUUUGUCUUUUUUACAUGCUUAAUUUGAGCAUAUUUGUUUGUGCAUAUUUGUAAGGAAGUACAAAAUAAAGCUAUUCCUUUGAUGAUGUGAACCAAAAUGAAGAUUAGCCCCCAAAGUUGACUGCAGAUUUUUUUUUAUUGCAUUGAUCCUAAUUUAACUGAUUUUCUCUGGCACCACUAUGACUUCAAUUGUAUACUUGCUAUAACAAGUACAAAUGAAAAAAAAAAUGCUAACAAUGCUUUCUGUCAUCUGUAAUAGUUAUUUUGCACAUGUAAAACUUUGAAUUCUUAAUAAAAGGUACACACUUAUUUUAAUG